AUGAUCAGCGGAGUAAAACUAGAAACUAACGAGGAAUGGAUGUCGUAUUACCAGGACGAGGGGUACCCUGGUGCAAGCAGCCUACCUACCAGCCUGAGCGGAUACCUCCCCUCUGGGCCUCCAUACAUGAGCAGCAGCCCCACGGCAGCAGGUGUCACUGCAGGCGCGUCAGGGGGGCUAGGUAGCCCCCUCAGCCACUUUGGGGUUCUGCCGUCCCAAAUGGGAUACAGUGGGGAAAGUGCCGGGGGACCAUACAGCUUCGAGGUCCCGGGGGGCGAGGCCAAAGGGGGUUACCGGCGGAACUUCAGCCACGCCAAGCCCCCAUACUCCUACAUCUCCCUGAUCAGCAUGGCCAUCCAGCAGGCCCCAGCCAAGAGGCUGACGCUCAGCGAGAUCUACCAGUGGAUCCGCCAGCUCUUCCCCUACUACCGGCAGAACCAGCAGCGCUGGCAGAACUCCAUCCGCCACUCGUUGUCCUUCAACGACUGCUUUGUGCGCGUGCCUCGAUCCCCGGACUCCCCAGGGAAGGGGUCCUACUGGGCCCUGCACCCUGACUCGGGGAACAUGUUUGAGAACGGCUGCUACAUGCGGCGGCAGAAGCGGUUCCGUUGCCCCCGAGGCACCGAGCAGAAGGAGGAGAAGGGUGUGGACACUGGAGAGACCACGCCCGUCCCAGGCCCUGUCCUAGCCCCAGCCCCAGGCCCAGCUCCUGCAUGCUCUGCCCCCACAAGCUCUGCACCCACCGGCCCCUCCCCCAAUGGCCCUGCCCAUGGCUCACCCAAACCCAAACCACACCUUAGCUCUCCCAGCUCCUGCCUUCCCAGGUCGCCCUCCCCCCAGCUCCACUUUCCGCCCCUCCCUCUCUCAACACCCCCUCUCCCCACUCCUGCCCAGCGUCCCCUCUGCCUGUCCCCUCCGGGUAUCCCUCCAGCGCCCGUGCCCAGCCACAAUCCGCCACCCCCCUCCUCUCUCCAGCACUCCUCCCUGUUGCUAGACACUGGCCCACGCGCCGAGCCCCUCACUCACCACGCCUUCUCCAUCUCCCAGCUCAUGGGCGUGGAGCGUGGCGACCUGCUGCCUUACGACACUUCCAUGGGCUUCUCUGGCUACUAUGCCCCAGCCAUCUCCAACCACCACACCCCCCACCCCGUCCCUCGGGAGGCGGCCCCUUUCAAUGGUGACUCCAUGUACUACCCAAGUAUGUGCUCCGUGCCCAUACUGAGCUCUUCCUGA